AUGGCUGCACGACUAGCCAAGCUUGCUGACCACCUCCAUGGUGCUCCAGCCAACGCAACAAAAGAGCAGUAUGAAAUCCUGGAACAACCUCUGGGCACCACGCAGCAUGUACGCCUUGUCUGCAUCGGUGCAGGAGCCAGCGGAAUCAGUUUGAUCCAUACUCUCAAAGUACACCUUACCAAUUAUGAGAUUACAGUAUACGAGAAGAAUCCCGAAGUGGGAGGAACAUGGUUCGAGAAUCGUUAUCCGGGGUGCAAGUGCGACAUUCCUUCCCAUAACUAUCAAUUUUCCUUCAACCGCAAUCCCCAGUGGAGCAGCUUCUUCUCCCCCGCUCCUAAGAUCCAGGAAUAUCUAUGCCGCGUCUGCGACGAUGAGAAUAUGCGAGAGGUGAUCAAGUGUGGGCACAAGGUUGUUGGAGCGCGGUGGGAGGAAGAGGCGGGACUUUGGAGGAUCAAGGUUCUGAAUGACCAAACUGGAGACACCUUCGAUGACUGGUGCCAUUUUUUGCUCGAUGCCAGCGGCAUUUUGAAUAACUGGAAAUGGCCAGACAUUCCUGGAAUUCAGUCUUUCGCUGGCGAUCUGGUCCACAGCGCGAACUGGCCAGAAAAUUUCGACUGGGCUGGCAAGAAGGUUGCCCAGAUUGGAAACGGCUCUUCUGGAGUACAGAUCCUGCCCCAUCUACAGAAAGGAAAGUGUGCCACAGAGGUUGUGCAUUUUAUCCAGGAGCCAACUUGGAUCGUGCCUCCGCGGGUGGCAAGCCUGGCUCAAGGUAGAGCUGCUGACACAAUGAGUCAAAUCGAGCUUAAUGAGGAAGAGGAAUUCAUGCCAUCUCAAAUCGAAAAGUUCAAGGCCGACCCUGAAUUCUAUUUGAAGUUUAUAAAGGCCAUCGAGGUCGAGGUCAACGGCAAUUUCCCAAUUGUUCUGAAGGACACUGACUAUGCCGCUGCUGUCACACAAGGAGUGACCAACUACAUGUCUGGCUUGCUGGGAAACGACAAGCGCCUUUGUAAUGCUCUCAUUCCCAAGUUUGAACUCGGGUGUAGGCGACUUACCCCUGCAGUCGGCUACCUCGAGUGCCUCCGCGCUCCCAACGUAACAGUUGUGACCGAUAGGAUUGUUGAGAUCGUCCCAAAAGGCCUACGUACGCUUUCGGGGGAGAUGAUUGAAGUUGAUGCGAUUGUUUGCGCAACUGGUUUCAACGUCUCAUUUUGCCCUCGUUUCCCUUUGGUGGGACGAAACGGCAAUCUCCAAGAUACAUGGACACGAGAACUCCCGAAAGCGUACAUGUCUUGUGCAAUUCCUGAUAUGCCAAACUAUUUCAUCUUUCUGGGACCAAACGCUCCAAUCGGACAUGGCAGUGUGCUUACCAUUAGCGAACACAUCGCAAAGUACAUCGUUCGCAUCAUCCGCAAGUGCCAGACCGAGGGAAUCAAGGCUCUUUCACCCACCCACUCUGCAGUUGAUGAGAUGGCUGAGCAUAUUGACAAGUUUAUGCCUCGGACGGCGUGGGCCGGGAAGUGCAUCUCAUGGUUCAAGAAUGGAAAGGUAGAUGGGCCAGUCACGGCACUGCAUCCGGGAAACAGGAUCCAUUUCUUCCACAUGCUUGAGCAGUUCAGAGGGGAAGACUGGGAGUACACCUACAAGCUGGACAGGAACCGUUUCAGAAAUCUUGGGAACGGAUUCUCAACUAAGGAGUUUGGUGACUCGGAUUCAACGUGGUACCUAGAUGAGCCAGACAAGUUGUGA